UCGCGAGCAGAUCGACAGAGCGCGUCGUCUAUAUCAGUCCGCGUUGGAGCUUAAAUUGUGACGUGAUAUCAUACAGUAACUCCUUGUUUAAUUCUGAAUCUUUUUCAAACUUAUACCGAUAUUUGACAAUUAUUUCAAUGUUAAUAAAUUGACAUUUCAUUACAGAGUUUUAACAUACUCUCUGUGCCUUUUAAUCGUGUAUCUCGAUGAUUAAGAUAUAAUUUAAAAUUCUUCUAAAUUUCUUAGUUUUUAUACGGAAGACUUUUCGUGGUAGUGAGUCAAUAGCUGAAUUGAAACAGAGUCCUCUGAAUAAGUGAUUGGUACCGCAAGAUCCAAAUUUCUCUUCGAUUGCAUCAGAUGACCUGUUGUCGGUAAUUAUGUUUCGUAAAGAUAAUUCAACGUGAGGUGUACUACUGUUGAACGAUCGAAGCGAAAUCGCGUGUCGUAGUGGAAUGACAUGGAAAUGUCAUCAAAAGUAUGGGAAAUACUAUGAACUUUUGAAUUUGAAAGGCAGACAAAAACAGAAGACAAUAAUUAAAUAAAAUAUAUCGUAUUUAUUGCCGUACAAGAUUGAAAAAAAUGGGCAAGGUUUGUUCUUGUUUUUCACGAUUUAGAGCAAUUUUUACACCCGAAACUGUUACGGACAGUCCCCUUAAGCCAUUAUGCACAAAACCGGAAUGUCUUCCACGGCCACCUGCAGCAUCUAGUUCUGGGGAAGAUUUUGGAGUUCCAGUGUUGACGAUCGCAGACGUGGAUCCGUGUAUCGCGGAGAAUGGAGUCAAUCACAGAACAUCCAGAUACGACUUGAUGACUAGACAGGACGACAAAUCUAGGCUGGUCGUUAGACGGGGGCAAGAAUUUUACUUACACUUGACUUUGUCCAGAGAUUACGAGCCAAGUAUCGAUGGUAUGUCGAUAAUUUUCACGGUUGACGGAGUCGAGAGGCCGCUAUACGGGCACGGAACCCUCGUUGCGACGGCUGUUCUUUAUCCGGGAGAACCGUCCGAGGGUCCCUGGCAUGCCACCAUCGACGCUAUUCAACACAAUUUUAUUCGAUUGAAGAUCGUUGCAGCUCCCGACGCGAUAAUAGGCAAGUGGAGGAUAGACAUCGACACCAAGAACAAGAAUUUAGACGGAGCCGUUAGUUACACGGUGAAACAACCGUUUUAUCUAAUUUUCAAUCCCUGGUGCAGAGAGGACGCGGUGUACAUGGAGGAGGAAGAUCAGCGACAGGAGUACGUGAUGGCGGAGGAUGGUUUGAUAUGGCGUGGAAGCUACAAUCGUCUGAGACCAACGGUUUGGAAAUAUUCGCAGUUCGAGCGGGACAUAUUAGAUUGCGCGCUGCAUCUGAUGAUUCAAGUUGGGAAAGUUCGAAUACACGGCAGAAACGAUCCUGUCGUUAUAUCUCGCAUUCUGUCGGCAGCUGUAAAUUCGCCGGACGACAAUGGCGCGGUAAUGGGUAACUGGUCCGACGAUUUUGGAGGUGGUACACCACCGACCAAAUGGUUGGGUUCGCAAAAGAUCCUGCAACAAUACUAUAAGACGAAGAAACCGGUCAAGUAUGGUCAAUGCUGGGUAUUCUCGGGAGUGUUGGCCACCGUUUGCCGUACCCUGGGACUACCUUGUCGCGUGGUAACCAAUUAUGCGAGCGCGCACGACACUCAGAGCAGCUUGACCGUCGACUAUUUCGUCGACGCCGAGGGGAAAGUUAUGGAGGAGAUGAACAGCGAUUCGAUAUGGAAUUUCCACGUGUGGAACGAGGUAUGGAUGACUCGAUUGGACUUGUCGCCGGAAUAUUCUGGUUGGCAAGCGAUCGAUGCGACUCCUCAAGAAUUGAGCGAGGACGCGUACCGUUGCGGACCGGCUUCCGUCGCCGCUGUGAAGAAAGGCGAGGUUCUCCGACCUUAUGACAAUGCCUUCCUCUUCGCCGAGGUCAACGCGGAUAAAGUGUUUUGGCGUUACAACGGACCGACUCAACCUUUAAAGUUGAUUCGAAAGGACGUGUACGGCAUCGGGCAAUUUAUUAGCACGAAAGCGAUCGGUAGAUGGGCGAGGGAAGAUAUCACUCAUACCUACAAGUAUCCAGAAAAGUCGGAAGAAGAACGGGCUGCCAUGUUGAAGGCGUUGCGUCAAAGUCAGUCGUUGUUUAGUCGUUAUUACCUGAACGAGGAGUUCAACGACGUCAUGUUUAACUUCGAGUUACGCGACGAUAUCGUGAUCGGACAACCUUUCAGUGUCGUGUUGCUGAUUAAAAAUAGAAGCAAUUACAACGAGUAUGAGGUCUCGGUGAUUUUAAGAGUGGAGACGGUUCUGUACACCGGACGGGUCGGCGACCCAGUGAAGAGAUUAAAUAUCGAUCGACUGGUGAGACCUGGAGUCCUCGAGGAAGUGCGUAUGGAUGUAUCCUGGGAGGAAUACGGACCUCGACUAUUGAAUCAGUGCGCAUUCAAUAUUUCCUGCCUGGCCACCAUCAAGGACACCAAUUUCGAGUACUUUGCGCAAGACGACUUUCGCGUGAGGAAACCCGACAUUAAAAUCACGUUGGAGAACGAGCCGGAAGUUGGCAAGACGCUAAACGCGACAGCGAAAUUUCAAAAUCCGCUGCCCAUCCCACUGAAGAAGUGCAGAUUCUUGAUCGAGGGACCUGGAAUGGACGAGCAGCUGAAAUUGAAACUGUCGGACCAGGUAGAGGUGGACGCGUACGCGGAAUGUUCGUUCUCUAUGGUACCGAAAUUCGAAGGCCGCGCCACGAUCGCUGCGAAAUUUUACUCGAAAGAGCUCGAGGACGUUGACGGUUUCGUCAAUUUUAUGGUAAAAUCGAUGAAAGCUGUUACAAACGGCGAGUAACGAGCCGACGAACCGAAAUCGACGGCGUAAGUAGUCUGUAUUCACGAGUCUUGCAGCGAGCUUCGUCUCUUUAACAAGUGUUCGUAAUGUUUUGUACGAAAUAAAAGUUUGAGAGUCGCUUGCCUCGCAUAUGCCGUAUGCGGAGGUGGCGCAAGUCGAACAUUUUCGUUCAGAUACUAUGCACGAUCCUUUUCCUACCGCGGCGUCUGCAUCGAGAACGUUUAGAGUAAACGUCAGAAAGGAGAAGAAGCGGCAGGACGAAUGGCAUACCGGUUCGGAACAGGCUUCUACGUUAGGCCAAUAAAAAAUUCAAUCGACAGAGAACUACCUGAGCAGCGUGGAUAGCCGGGACUACCGACUACACGCGGCAGGCGAUAUUAACGAGCGGCGAUCGAGAGAGUCACUGUGUCGUGUGCGUGAUUAUUCGGAAUAACAGACGGAGAUAUGGAAGAGGAGGAAGGAGAAGAAAAGGAGAAGAAACGGGACGGGGAAGAGAAACGAUCGCGAUGAUGACGAGUGUUCACGAGCGCGCGCAUGACACUGACGCGAGUCAUGCAUCACCAUCUAGGAAAUUAACGUUGAAAUAUUAUAGACGAUGAAUGGACCCGAUAGCGAGCCAACUCGCCCGGGACGGAGUCCAGCUUCGAUCACUUGCCUGCGAAAGAAACUGGCUGCCAGCCGACUCGGCGGUAAAACCAAUCGACCAAGUUCGUUGGACGGUACGUGGAUCGAUCGAAAUGGGAAAGCAGGGUGGGGUUCGAUGACAGACAUUAAUUUACUAUUAUCUAAGGACGCGAGGAGUACGCGUGGAUAUACAUACCGCGUGCGUGAUUUCUCCAGCCCACGUACCCACGACUCGCGAAUAGCAAUCGCGCGGAGACGAGGUAGUAUUUUUAUAACGGGUCCCCGUUUCGAUUAAAAGAGACUAAAGAGGAAGAGGAACGAAACGAUAAGCUGGUAGCAAGUGAAGACGAAUACGAGGAUCGUAGAAGGGGGGAAGAAAAAUGAUAAACGAAAACGUUGGAGUGGAAGAGAGCGAAGAGGGUGGCGGAGGGUGGCGAGGAAGCCGGCGGGAGACGAGCGAAGCGAAGAGGGAGGAAGAGAGAAAGGGAGAGGAAGAGAAGAAGAGAGGAAGAACGAUAUGGAAGAUAGUAGUGAGAUAUGUCUAAAUACAUAACCGUGACACGUGAUGGACGUGUUGCGGCCCCUGUCUACAGGGGUCUCGAAGGAGCCUACGGGGCCCGUACCGAUCUCCAUUUGGAUCCACGGGAUUCUGGACUUGGCACCCUGCUACGCGCCAUGCAUCAACACCCAAGAUCCAUCCCAUUAUACCUCAUCAGAAUAACAAACACGCCUUCCAUGCUAAACCAACAUUCUUUUGUUCCCAUCGAAUCCCAGGAUCCAUCAGAAUCGCCGCGAACCAUGCGCGUCAGUGACGUAUAUGUUUUCGUGUAGCCAACAGGCCAUAGGGGGUCUUCUCUCAGGCCUGCGAGAAUCUCAGAAGAUAUCGUGAAAUAUCGUCGGAUAGCAGAACCGGCGGUUCCAGACCCUCCCGAAGCUUCUCUUCGCCUCUGCGUUUCCAUAGUUUGCCGAUUUUCUAGCUCGGUUUCGUUGGUCGUCGCGCGACCACCAUUUUAUUUCAUGCCCGUAUACACCUAAGAUUAUGGCUAUUCGCUCGAUUACGUUCGCUUUAGAAGGGUAACAGAUCGCCUUUUAUCAUCCCUCUCGAACGAACGUCUCGCUUUGACGACACGUUUCUAGAUGGCAGCACGCUCUCGAAUCGUCGAAGGGAUGUAUCACGUAGCUGGAAAUUGAUGGCUCGGGGGGAACGAAAAACUCGCACGAUGAUAAAAUUCGAUUGACGGGAGGAAACGUUGAAAUACGUAAAAAUGUCGUAUUUAGCGUGCAAGGCGACCGUAAUAAAUCGAACGCGCUGGGCAUUCGCGAUCACGUUGCGUAUCGAUGGUUUAGUAGCGAUCGUAAACAAUCAUAAUCGAGAUCACACGAAAUGCGAGUGACCGCGAUAACGCGUAACGCGUACGCGGAUUCGUUACGUACCACGUUUGAUCUACGAACCAACGGCGCGUUGCAUCGUUCGUAGAGCGAACUGGAAAAACGAAAGAACGUCCGACGACCAAGUACGGACGAGAACGAAAGAAGAGCGGCUCUUUCGAUUAUCCGAGACGGGAAAUCUCUGUUUUGCGAUUCGACGCGCGCUAAUCGAUCGUACGAAGUGGCCCGCGGGGCGACUCCUAGCUCCACCGUAACGGUGGACUUAAUUUCGCUAUUCGAAGCAACAUUGGGAAGUGGCGUGCAUCCAGCCGCGUGCACGUGUACGUAAUGUUUCCCGUCAUCAGGAAAACUCUGUGCAGUAAAAGUGUCGAAACGGUUA